AAGAGGAGAGACGUGACGCAAACGUUGAACAUCGGAGAAACGAUACAGGGGAGAAACAUGGAGUACGGAAACGUAAGCAACGUUGACACAACUGGUGCAUCGUCGGUGACGGCAACGGCUGACGGAAGAAGUUCCCGUGGAGUUGCAGCAUCUCAUGAAAUGGCUGCGAGUGAUCUGCCUCACAUAAACAACUACAAAGAUAAGAUUGUGAGUGCUGCUAGAAGGAAUGGAGUGGAGCCCUCUGUGGUGGCUGGCAUCAUCUCCAGAGAAACCCGUGGAGGUCGAGGGGCAGGACUGCAUAACGGCUGGGGGGACAAUGGAAAUGCCUUUGGACUCAUGCAGGUUGACAAGCGCUGGCACAACCCCACUGGUGGAUGGGACAGUGAGGAACAUAUCAACCAAGGCAUUAAGGUUUUUAAAGACUCCUACAACGAAGUUGGGAGAGGUUCUGACUGGAACAAAGAUCAGAGACUUAAAGGUGCCUUGGCGGCCUACAACGCGGGGGCUGGGCGCGUUUCCUCGUAUAACGACGUGGACGCUCAAACCACCGGAGGAGAUUACGCCAAUGAUGUCGUAGCCAGGGCCCAGUACUUCAAACAGAAUGGGUACAACUAAAAGGACCCAGAAAUUCUCCAUGAUUACCACAUUCAUGAGCGUGCCUACUAGAAGUGAAAAAACCUUGUUUAAUUUACACUGAUUACUAACGAUGUUCUACACAUUCGGACCUACUAAGACUUUAUUUCUAUCUAGACUAGGUUAGGUGUAGGUUGUGCAACAUUUGAAUGAAUGCAAUGAGUAAGUGUCAACUUCAGAAUAUUUGAUAUGUUUUCUUGAUGGUAAAGCAAAAUAAAACAUUGUUCAAAAGCAUGGAUGGAC